AUGGGAAACUUGAAAUACUAUGCAGGUGUAUCUGCUGUUUCUCCUUUACUAUGAAGUGCAGAGCAGGUUUAUAACAAAUACUACACAACAGAGCUUCCAAUGGACGUUGAAGAUAUUUUAUUUAUCCAAGAAGGAUGUGAAAAUCUUAAUCAGCCUAUUGGGAUACCAGGGAUUAAACAUUCAUAUUUAGUCGCUGUAACAUACACUGGCAAAAAAAUAAGAUACGACUAUUUCGCUGACAGCAUUGAACCAAAAAUCACUUAUAACUAUUACGAUAAUUCUGAAAAAAAUAUAUUCAGACAAAACCGAGCUAUCCCAGGCUACCUAGUUAGAGAUGUGACUGCAAAAUUUGGCAAGCAUUCUAAAAAGACACAAUAUGAUGCUAUUCAGCAUAACUGCCAACAUGUAGUAAGAGACUCUUAUAAUGAGCUCACAGGAAGAGAUGAGCUGCUUCUUAGGAAUGAUUUUGUGAGAUGAUUUGGAAAAACACUUUCAGAAGAGGAAAAGAAAAAGUUUGAUGAAGAAUUAGGGAUUAGAGAACACUUACUCCCCCCCUCCGUGAGUGAACAAAAAAAUUUUUGUUCACUCACGGAGGGGGGUUAAUUUUUUUUUUUUAAAAAAAUUUAUAUAUUAAUUUUAUAAAAGAUAUUUUUUUCGAAAUUUAAAAAAAUCCUAAUUCGCAAAAAUUGGAAAGCAAAUAUUAAUUUAAUUUAUAAAAUUUAUGUUUUAAAAAGCAAUUCGUUUGAAAUUAAACAGAAUUAGCUCUAGAUUUCAUUAUACUAAUUAUCAUUUAUAUAUAAAAAUUUUUUCCAUAAAAAAUUUUUUUCUAUUAAAAAAAUUUUGUUAGCUCACGGAGAGUGGAAUUUUGGGCAAAAAAUGCAGAUUUUUCUAAUGGUUUUAUUCACUCACGGAGGGGAGGGAGUUAGGAGAUAAGUUUGAAAGAAAAGUAAAAGCAAUGCUUGAUGCAGGCUAUACUUAUGAGGAAAUUUAUAAUUUGAUAAAAAGUGAAAACAUUAGAGAAGUUAGGAAAAUAAUAGAAAAAGUAUCAAGAGGAGAAAAUAAAAGAUAA